AUGAUUUCUACAAUUUACACUAUUGGACAUUCAUCUCAUGAUUUAGCAACAUUUUUUUCAAUUUUAAAACGUUAUAAUAUUGAUCAUAUAAUAGAUAUUCGUCGUUCACCACGAUCUACUAAUUAUCCACAUUUUAAUAUUGAUCGAUUAAAAGAAGAAUGUUUAUUACCAGAAUCACCUUUUAAAUAUUCUUUUCAAGGAGAUAUUUUAGGUGGUCGUCGUCGACGAUGUAAAUCAAUUGAAAAUUUAAAUAAUGGUUUAUUAGAUUCCGAUUCACAUGCAUAUGCUGAUCAUAUGCAAAGAAUUGAAUUUCAACAAAUUGUUGAUCAAUUAGUUUUAUCAUCUUUAUCAUCUGUUAUUGUUCUCAUGUGUUCAGAAAAUAAUCCUGAACAAUGUCAUCGUUCAUUACUUGCUGAUUAUUUAUGUCUUAUUCAUCAUAUUAAUAUUAUUCACAUUCUUUUUAAUGGUGAAAUAUGUGUUCAUCAAGUAAAUCCACAAGCUAAAGUUAAUGAUAAAAAUAACUCAUGUAUUUAUCCAGGAAUUUCAUUAAUAUGA